AGUUCAUAAUGGGUUAUCAAUGUUGAUAGAAGUAAUUAUUGUUUCAUUAAAAAAUAGACCCCGUUUGUAUUAAUUCCUUAAAUAAUAUUUUAGAGCAUAAGAAAUGUGGAACAUAAUUUUAAAAUCUUAUUUUAAAGAUGCUUCUCAGUGUUUAAAACCUUAUUAUUUACAAUAUUUGCGGGAAUCAUCGGAAAACAUUCAUAGGAAAAUCUACACUGUGGGGAAAUUUCAUAAUAACAGAUUUUCAAGUACCAUGAAUAACAAACUGAUGAAUGGAAAUCUUCGGGACACAGACCCAGAACUGUAUAAAAUUAUUCAAAAUGAGAAGCAUCGCCAACAAAGUGGUCUUGAGAUGAUUGCGUCUGAAAAUUUUACAUCAAUUCCCGUUCUGCAAUGCCUGAGUUCCUGUCUUCAUAAUAAAUAUUCUGAGGGAAUGCCAAAUCAAAGAUACUAUGGAGGCAAUGAGUUUAUUGAUGAGAUAGAAAUCCUAGCCCAGAACCGAGCUCUAGAAGCUUAUCGUUUAAAUCCUGAAGAAUGGGGUGUUAAUGUUCAGCCUUACUCUGGCUCUCCAGCAAACUUUGCUGUGUACACCGGUGUUGUAGAGCCUCAUGGACGAAUCAUGGGGUUAGAUCUUCCUGAUGGCGGCCAUUUAACCCAUGGAUUUUUUACUCCCACUAAGAAAAUAUCAGCGACAUCUAUGUUCUUCGAAAGCAUGCCUUACAAGGUGGAUCCUUCCACAGGUCUAAUUGAUUAUGACAAAUUAGCCGAAACAGCAAAAUUGUUUAAACCACGCCUUAUAAUCGCUGGGAUCAGUUGCUAUUCGCGUUGUCUGGACUAUAAGAGGUUCAAGGAAAUCGCUAACGAAAAUGGCGCUUUGUUAAUGGGUGAUAUGGCACAUAUUUCUGGACUUGUUGCAGCAGGAGUCAUACCGAGUCCUUUCGAGUACUGUGACAUAGUGACCACAACCACCCAUAAAACCUUACGUGGACCAAGAGCGGGCGUCAUCUUCUACCGCAAAGGGGUUCGGUCGGUAAACGCGAAAGGAGAAAAGAUUAUGUACGACCUUGAGAAUAAAAUCAAUAUGGCGGUGUUCCCUGGACUUCAAGGUGGACCGCAUAACCACGCCAUUGCAGCUAUCGCGACAGCAAUGAAACAAGCUACCUUACCAGAGUUCGCUGAUUACCAACGACAGGUAAUUAAGAAUGCCCAACGUCUCUGCGAAGGUCUAAUAUCUCGUGGAUACAAAAUAGCAACAGGUGGAACCGAUGUCCAUAUUGUGUUAGUGGAUGUUCGUAACGUCGGCUUGAGCGGCGCACGCGCAGAACGUAUAUUGGAAUUAUGCAGUGUCGCUUGCAACAAGAAUACCGUUCCGGGGGACAAAAGUGCAUUGAAUCCUAGCGGGAUUCGGUUAGGAACACCAGCUCUAACUACACGUGGCCUCAAGGAGGCAGACAUCGAUCGAGUUGUUGACUUUGUAGACCAGGCGCUAAAACUCGCUUCCGAAGUCACAAAGAUAUCUGGACCGAAGCUUGUUGAUUUCAACAAGGUGAUUGAAGAAAACGCUGAAGUUAAAGCAAAGGUGCAAAAUUUAAAGGAGAGCAUAGAGCAAUACAGCCGAACCUUCCCAUUGCCUGGAUAUGAAGACUAUUAGUUAAAAAUUCUAUGGAAUUCAUGUUGACCAUUUUUUAUUAUUAUUUUUUUUUUUAAUUAGCACUUAUUGUUAAAAGAGGCUGCACUUUAUUGUUAAACAACUUUGUCUAAUGCCAAUGUUUUAAUUAAAGCACAUUGAUUGAUUUUUCGCGAGUUAUCACACCGUAAACACAAUUUUACUAGAAGAUAGUUUGAAUCAAAAUUAUGUAUUUUAGACUAAUUUAGUUUUUUCUGAUAAUAUAAUAUAUGUAUUAAAAUCACUCUAUAUAAGAUAUGUUAUAAAAAAUAUGUAACUUGUAUAUUUUGUUGAAUAUAUCUCCUCAUAAUCGUAUGUAAUAUUAGACAGUUUAACCUGCAAAUGAGAAUCCAAAAGACCAAAUGUUUAUUCAUUUUAGAUCACCACAAAACAACAAAUUUCGAAGUUGUAACAUGUUCCAUUAAAAUAAAUCUAAGGAAUCUCUUAUAGUAAUAUAACUAUUUUUAUAGUUGUAAUUGUAUAAUAAUUAUAUUUAUUUUUAAUAAAUAACUAUCUCAGAA